CGCGGCGGUGCAGCCACUCCGUCCCCCGGGCACCCUUCCCCGCAGCCCUCCGUGAUGAGGGGACACCCGGGUGGCCCUCGAGGCGCGCCGAAGCGCCUGAGGGGGGCUGCCGAAGAGGCGCCCGCUGGGCCGGCCACCUUCACGGCGGUGUAAAGCUGAGGGCACGAGUUGCUCCCAGAGACCCUCCGGGUCCGUCGAGGACAGCUCGAGAGGGUCUCUACUGCUCUUUGAAUUAAACUUCUCCAAGCAAAAUGCCCCCGGGGGGGGGAGUUGCCUCGGCAACACCGCGUAAACUCAGCAGCCUCGUGUAGCCGGAGCUGCCGGGAGGAUUUGCCAGCAAAAGAGCCUGCCUCGAUAGUAACUACUAUGUGCUCCGCAGUCAGAAAAACAUGCCGAAAAUAAAAUCAAAGUAUAUGUAAUUACCGUUUAAAUUCCUUGCUGUCCAGCAAAGGAAGACAGCUGUGAGCUAAAAAUGGUCUGUAAGUUCUCUCGGGGUUACUGUGCCUCUUUCACACUUUGCUACUGAAGCACCAGCCUCUCUCAUAGGUGCAGAAAGCUUAUGUACCCUCAUAGAAGGCCAGCAGUUUACAGUGCCAGACUACAGAUGGUUUCUGGACCUUAAUACAUCAAAGGACAGUAUGUCUGACAACAAACAAAAUAAGAGGAGAAGCAAAGAAGGUUGUGGAAGUGUUGCUCUUCAGAAUGCAGAUAAGACAAUGAAAGAAAUGCAACAGUCAUACAAAGCUCUAGGAAAAAACAGCCCAAUACCACCAACAUCCAGAGUGUGGCCAGAUCAACAAGUGGCAUGUUUUCCAAGUAAAAAUCAGUUAGCAUUACAGAUGAGACAUCACACUUCUUUGCCUUUCUUCCUGAAGAAAGAGAACGUAGGGCAUGGCUUUGACUUCAGCUUUUUGCUACAGGCCUCAUGCCCAGAAUCUAACACUUCAAAAUCAUUUAUGGAUUUACAUGCUUUUCAGAUAAUAAAAGCACAAAUACAACAAAGGUUAAAUAAAACAAUGCUAAAAAACAGGAACAAGAGAUCUGAGUUUAAUUUGCUACCAGUGACAUUUCAGCCUGUAAGAACAAUUCAUCUUGCUCCUCUAGAGGAUGACAUUGUCAAUGGAAGCACCAACAUCAGAAAUAUUUUGAAUAAUAUUAACUCCAUUCCUCAGCCUAUAAAACCAGUUACUACAUUUUAUCAGUAUAAGUUAGACAAUCUAUUUAAAAGGCACGCUGAAAAGUCAUCAGACCUAAUUGUGGCUACUAUUUCUGAUAAAUUCACUCCAGCGAAAGACCUGUACUACUUCAGCAUGAGUAACUAUUUUAAGUACCCUAGCAACAAGAAAGAAGAAAUUCAAAGCAAUUUUAAAAGGAGGGAAGCUGAUGUUGCUACUGAUACUGAAAAGAAUGACCAGGUGAAGUACCAGUUUUCAGUGGUUUGUAAGAAUGUAGCUCUCAUGACCCAAGCCAGUUCCUAUGAUGAUAGUCAUCCCUACUUCAGCUCAAGGAAUGCUCUGAUGAACUGUGGAAUAUUUACAGCUCAGACACUUACAGUGUCAAGAAACAGAGACGCCUCAAAAGCUGGCAAUAAGGAAAGAAGAGUAGAGAAUUGCUGCAGAACUGGUCUAGAAGAGGGAAAUGCUACAGAGAUGAUAGUGGAUUAUAGACCACAUGAAGAUGCUGAGAGUGCAAACUUUGUGCUUGACAAUCAUGAUUUGGUUUCUUCCUGUAGAAAUGAAGUGAUGGAGGCCUACAGUGCCUUAGAAAAUAAUUCUGUAGCUGCAGUAUUUCCCAGAGUAGAAGAGCAAGAUCCUUCUGGAAAACAGACAGAAAAUAAUAUUUGUCUCUCUGAAUUAGAAAUGGAGAAAGAAGCAACUUCAAAAGGCCAAAGUGAGAUUGUACCUGUUGUUCACGUUACAUUCUCUGAAAAAGAACCAGCUAGGGAACCACACAUUUCUAAACAGCCUGCCACAAAAAAGAGUGUCAUUCGUAGCCUGCCUCCCCAUGUUACUCAAAGCUUUAACAUUCUUGCUCGCAAAGAAAAUGACAAAAGUAAAAUAAAGAUGAAUAGAAAUAAAUAUUUAUCAAAAUCUAAAAUGAGUAGUAAGAUAAAGAUAUCUGAAGAUUUAAUUGUUUCUGAUGAGGUUUCCACAAAAUAUAGUGCCAAGUCUUUGGAACUGCCACACAUGGAAUCUGAGACUUCCCUGAAGCGUCAAAAACCCCCCCCUCAAGCAGACAAAGACCAUUUUGCUCAGAGUGCUCAGAAACUUAAAAAGAAAAUUGCCUCCUGCAGCUGCAAAAAUUCAGCUGUCUUAAAGAAACCUGUUACUCCAAUUUCUCUACCUCAUGCACAGUCUGCUUCAGAUUUUGUAGAUCUGAAAUACAGUGACAUGUUCAAGAAAAUAAGUUCAAAUGACAAAGGCCCAGGUAUUUAUGAAAUGUUUGGAACUCCUGUCUACUCCCACAUGCGUAAGCUUGAUCAACAUGAGAACAGAUUUCAUAGAGAUGUUUGUUCUGCUCCAUCUGGGAGGUGCACUGCUAGCACCUGCAGAUCUGCCUGCAGUAAAGGGAGAGAGAGCAGCCGAGUAAGAAAUAGCCAAAAGAGAACAUAUUCUAAGACAAAGAAGACCAUUCCUGGCACUAAACAAAAGCAGAAAGGCUUAAUUACGAAGGAUGGAAGUACCAAGCUGAGGAACAGCAACACUGAGCAAAAUAAUGUAGUAACUCCUGAUUCAGAUUUUCAGAUAAAUGCUUCAAGGAGCAUGAUGUUGUUUCAUGAAGACACAGCUCAUCAGCUUAAGGUUUUAGAAGAGCUUUCACAAUCAACUAAACAAAAUAAUUUUUUUCCAUAUUCAAACUUGUCAACUAUUAAAGAAGUUUCUUUGGAGCAGUCUUUAGACAGUCAAGAUAUAUCCAACCAUCAAAGAGCUGCUACCUGUAGUCACAAUCUUCUUCAGUUCAGUGAUAAAGACUACAGAGAGUGUGUUACUCUAAGUGGCAGCCUACUAACAACGGAGAAGAACAUUUGUAUACCCCAGUGCAAGGUGGAUAUGGAUUGCUGCAAAGGUCUGGAAUCAGACCACGCCUCCUUCAAGUCUAUAAAUAAAUGUGAAGCAUUGCCCUUUUCAGAUAGACUGGAGUGUCAGACCCCUACAAAAAUACUAAAUCACAGUUGGGCAUACACACCUCCAAACAGUGGUUUGGCAAAAGAAGUGCCUCAGCCUUCAGUGAUUCUGACAAAAAAUGUUACAAACCCCAGUUGCCAGACAAGCCAAAACAUUUUUUCCUGGGCAGAUAAUAAGGAUGUGACUGAUGAGUUGCUUUGUUGUCUGGCCAAAGAAUUGAUAAUGCUUGAAGAAAAAGACAUCAACGCUUCAAGAACAAAAAAUACAGGUUCUGAAAUGCAAAAUACACAUACUAAAGAAGAAGAAAAUAUAAUGAAUGGAGAUGGAGCAAUAGUAAAUAGUCCUCUAGAGAAGAGUUACAGUAAAGCCUUUUUGGUAACAAAUGAAGAAAGUGACCUGCUAAAAUUUGAGGAAUCUACUAAAAUGGGAAGCAGUUUAACUAACAAAGAUCCUAUCAUGUGGACAAGAGGUGAAGUUCUUGGAAAGGGGGCCUAUGGCACGGUGUACUGCGGUCUGACAAGCCAGGGACAAUUAAUAGCUGUAAAACAGGUUGUUUUGGCUACAUCAGAUCAACUCACUACAGAAAAGGAAUAUCAGAAGUUACAUGAGGAAGUUGAUCUUUUGAAGACACUGAAGCACACCAAUAUUGUAACUUAUUUAGGAACUUGUCUGGAAGACAACAUUUUAAGCAUUUUCAUGGAGUUUGUUCCUGGUGGCUCAAUUUCUAGCAUCAUUAAUCGUUUUGGUCCAUUGCCAGAAAUUGUCCUUUGUAAAUACACAAAACAAAUUCUACAAGGGGUUGCAUAUUUACAUGACAAUUGUGUGGUACAUAGAGAUAUCAAAGGCAAUAAUGUUAUGCUCAUGCCAAAUGGUAUAGUAAAGCUAAUUGACUUUGGCUGUGCCAGGCGUUUAGCUUGGGUUAGCCUCAGCGGCACACAGAGCGAGAUGCUCAAGUCUGUGCACGGGACUCCAUACUGGAUGGCACCAGAAGUUAUAAAUGAAUCUGGAUAUGGAAGAAAAUCAGACAUCUGGAGCAUUGGUUGCACCGUAUUUGAGAUGGCAACAGGAAAACCACCGCUGGCUUCCAUGGAUAGGAUAGCAGCCAUGUUCUAUAUUGGGGCUCACAGAGGACUGAUGCCUUCCCUACCUGAUCGAUUCUCCAGCACUGCAGUGGAUUUUGUGCACGCAUGCUUAACCAGAGACCAACAUGAACGCCCUUCUGCUCUGCAGUUGCUGGACCAUCCUUUUGUGAAAGGAAGACAGUGAAGUUUUCAAAACUCUUGCCAAAUGAGCAUACAUUUUCCAUAUAAAAAUCUUCCACUUGUGAAAAAAGACCAGAAGGAACUGGACUUAAAACCAACAGGAGAAAUUACUAGAGAGCAGUUGUGUACAAGAAGUCUAUUAUUAGACAGCAGUAUGAGUAAAGUAACAUUUUUUGCAAUGUCUGUGCUCAUCGGAGUGGGCAUUCCUUCACCGUGAACACAGGGCCAUGUUUUGUUGUAGCUGGAGAGACUACAAGAUUAAAAAACACACAUCACCAUCACCACUAUGUGACAGGCAAUGUAAGUUGGACUGCCAUUUCAUCUGUAAUGACUUCUGGAUGUAUGCUGUUGGCCAAGAGCAUGGCAGAUGUGGAAAGCGCUGUGAAAGCUCUGCAGGAAGCUCUACUCAGACUUGUAGCUGAGCCACUAAUUGUGCCUGUGAUGAUCCCAUAGGUACCGCAAACCAUGUAACUAUAUUGGCAUAAAACGUACUGAAGCUUUUAUUUAGUUAGAUGAGCCCUUUAAUUUUUAGCUGGUGAAAAAGAUUUUGUAUACACAUAUCAGUCCUUUGUUACUGAGGUCCUGUAUCAUUAUGAGCUACCAUGCUGGUCAUGACGAGAUGCCCAGGUGUACACAUGCGCAUCUUUAUUAAGCUAAG